AUGGACUUGGUUGCGGCCUUCAACACCGAGUUAAAAUCAUUAACAGAUUCACAACUGCCGGUUUCUAGAGCCAAAAUGGCUUCGAUAACAAGGGCCGCUAUAAAGGCUUUGAAAUAUUAUAAACAUGUGGUACAGAUUGUUGAGAAGUUUAUAGCGAAAUGUUCACCGGAAUAUAAAGUCCCUGGAUUGUAUGUAAUCGAUGCCAUUGUUAGACAAUCUCAGUACUUUUAUCGCGAGAAGGAUGUUUAUGGACCCAGAUUCCUUCGUAACCUAGUGCCUGUGUUUAUUUCUCUUAUGAAUUGCAAUGAGAAAGAUAAACCAAUGCUAAUGCGCAUGUUGUAUUUGUGGCAGAAAAGUUCUGUCUUUCCAGAUGAAGUUAUAAAGGCACUGUGCGGUGUUAUAUCGGAUCCCAAAAAUCCACAGGUUGUUGGAAAAGCUAAGGAGGUCAUCAUUGAAUCACUAAACAAUUCCUCUACGAAGCAAAUAAUCACUGAAUCUUCAGUCCCUUCACAAGCCACAGAAAUACCCCCAACUGUAGACAACUGUGUAUCUAGAGACGAUAAUGCAGUAUCUGCUUCUGAGAUCGCUAGUGAUUGCGCCCAAAGGAACACAAGCGCUAAGGUUCAACUACUUCAACUACAAGCUUUACAAAAAAAGAUUGCUGAACAAUCAGCAUUACUUAAUCAAGAACAAACAAUUGAUCCGGAGGUGCUGACACAAAUUCAUAUUCUUAUGUCAGAACUAACUAGACGAGCAGAAGCAGCAACAGUUCAACUUGCUAAUGAACAAGCCAAUGAAGAUUUAAAUGUGAUUGAUCCAAAUUUGUUGGCACGAAUACAAUCGAUGGUUGAUACAUUGGCGCAUACUCGUGUAUUACAAAAACAACUAAAUCAAGCACGAGCUGAACGUCAUCACCAUCAACAACACUCAAGAUAUCAGCAACAACAAUCAAAUACUGUUGUCCGAUCUAUCAAUGGUGUAACAGCUGGUCAAUUGGAAGAUGAUACAAAACUAAUUCGGCCUACAGAUAACCGUGGUGGUUUAGUUAGUUCAGUUAAACUAAAAACAGACAAAUGUAUUCGAAAUGAUUCAAAUAGAUUAAUACGACCUACAACACCUCCAUGUUUAUCAGAUGCUGAAGACGAUCCUGGAAUUUUACCACAGUCAUGUGAUAGAAAACUUCACUUAACAAAAAAGAAUAAAAUUGCAAAUAGAGCUAGUUCAAAACAUUUAGACUCCAAAUCCUUAGAUGUUACUUUUCAUGAUUUCAAUGUCUGUCAGGGUUCACGUAAACAUCAUAUUUAUGAUUCGCAUCCAAUGCAUAAUUUCGAUAGAGAAACUAGUCAUGUCGAUGGAUUUUUACCAUCAGAUAACUCUUCAUUUUCCGAUCGAAAUAAUAGUAAUAUUAAUCAUAAUAACGAUCAAGUUCAUUCAUUUCGAGAACAUACAAAUCGACUUGUUUCAGAAUAUGAAAAUUGUGAUGAUUGGAAUAUUUCAUCAAGUCAAAGAGUUCGUAAUAAAUAUAGUCGUCUCGAUUCGUACGAUGAUCGUGUUGAUCCUCCUCAUUCUCAUCAUCAUCGACAUGUUUUUCUUGAAUCACAUAAACUUGAUGUAUCCGACAAUGAACCUGAACACUCAGAUCAAUUCGUUGAUGAUUAUGCUUCAGACUCACCUAUUCUGAGUCCUGUUCGUCGACGUUUUGACGAUAGUUUGUUUCAAAAUGAAUCAGUAUCACCAACUGAAUCCGACCCAAAACAUCGUGAACGUCGUAGAAAACAUCUUGGCUUGCCUACAUUGAAACCAGAUCAUGUUGGAAUUUUAUCGCAUACAGUGUUUAUUGGUCAUUUACAUAAACAAUUAGCUGAAAGCAAGCUAACAGCACUUUGUUCAGAAGUAACUGAAGGUCAAGUAAUUGAAUGUAAUUUUAUUCCACCACGUGGGUGUGCAUUUGUUACAUUUGCUACCCGAAGAGCUGCACAUCGUGCAGUGACUCACAUGGAUCAAUCUACAUUGAGUGGUCGAGAAAUUAAAGUAGCCUGGGCUCCAAAUCUCGGUAUUAAAUCAAGAGAAGAUUAUGUCACCAAUUAUUGGGAUACUGAUGAAGGUUGUACUUAUUUACCGAUAGAAGAAGUUGUAAAAUUAACACGUCCCCAAUUCGAUGAUCUUUUAGCUGGUUGUGGUGAAGUUGAUGAAGAAUCUCUCACUGAUCCUCGACUUAGAGGUUUGAUCAUGAUGAACAGUAAUGAUAAUAAUGAUAGUAAAACACAAUCGAUUAGUAGUCCUAAUGUAAAGUCUGUUAAGAGGAUACAAACAACACCAACCACUCAAAAAUCUACAACAAACACCUCGACAAAUUUAUCAGUAUCAGUUUAUUCUCCUGUUGUUGUACCACCGUCUGUCCCAAUGAUAUUAACUCGCCCUAUACCGCCAAUGCAGCCGAUGGUUCCUCGGUCAGUCCCAUUAAUCCUACCUUUAGUAGCGGCAUCAGUUCCACGUAUGUCAGUCCCAACACAACCGUUAUAUUUUCAGCAGAACAAUACAACAGCUACUUCUAGAGCACCUCCACCACCUCCUCCACCUCCUCCCCCACCACCUCCUCCCCCGCCACCGCCUCCACCGCCUCCUCCUCCACCACCACCACCUACACAACCGUCAAUCACCCCUCCCCCUCCCUCUGCCACUAUAUCAUCCCAACCUCAUUCAACAACCACUACAUCGGAGUGUCAGUGGAAUCCUGGAAUUAAUGCGAAUCAUCAACGUGUUGUAAAUCAGCAAUUAUUACAACAAAAUCCGAAGCCAGAAUUGUCAACUUCAAGUUUUGCCGGGCUUAGACCAUACAACAGACCACCAUUAUUGCCACAUACUUUUCUUCCACCUGAUCAAACUAGACCUCAACAACAACAACCUUAUAUGAAUGCAGUAAAUCAACAAAAUCGAUUUCCCAGCAACAUGUCAUUUCCACCAGGUCUUAACAACAAUAAUCAGUCGACAUUACCUCGUCCCAAUACAAUGCUCCCACCUCAUUCAUCUUCUUGGUCAGAUGUACGUUUUUCCGAACCAUCAAGUUCAAAUAUUCCUGCUGGUCAUUUUGUUCAAUCCAAUCAAAUUCCUCAUAUUCCAUCCAAUUCAAAUAAUAAUAAUACGUCUUCAUUGAGUUCUUAUGAAAUGCAAUUAACUCAAAAAACAUUUAUAUCUCCUCGUCCACCUGGUCCAUUGUUCACAUGUCAACAAUCUGGACUACGUCAACAAAUACAACAACGUUUACCAUUACCACCACCACCACAACAACAACGACAUCCUCAUCAUCAAGUACAAUUGGAAUCGUCUGGAUUUCGUCCAAUGGGGUCUGGAUUACCAUUGAAUAAUUGUAGAAUACCAAUGAAUAAUGAUGGUAUUCUCGGUAGUGCUAAUCCUUCUACUGGUGUCAUCAGCGGUGGUGGUGGUGGUGUUAUGCAUAUGCAAUGGUCUAAUAACAACAGUAAUCAAACAACUAUGCCACCGAUAUCUUGUAAUCCUAAUGCUUUUAUGCUUAAUUCAGGACAAAUGAAAACAUUUAA